AUGAAGGUGGAAUGUGUGACCAGGAUGAGAAGAAAAUCCCAUAUGAAGGUGGAAUGUGUGACCAGGAUGAGAAGAAAAUCCCAUAUGAAAGUGGAAUGUGUGACCAGGAUGAGAAGAAAAUCCCAUAUGAAGGUGGAAUGUGUGACCAGGAUGAGAAGAAAAUCCCAUAUGAAGGUGGAAUGUGUGACCAGGAUGAGAAGAAAAUCCCAUAUGAAAGUGGAAUGUGUGACCAGGAUGAGAAGAAUAUCCCAUAUGAAGGUGGAAUGUGUGACCAGGAUGAGAAGAAAAUCCCAUAUGAAGGUGGAAUGUGUGACCAGGAUGAGAAGAAAAUCCCAUAUGAAAGUGGAAUGUGUGACCAGGAUGAGAAGAAAAUCCCAUAUGAAGGUGGAAUGUGUGACCAGGAUGAGAAGAAAAUCCCAUAUGAAGGUGGAAUGUGUGACCAGGAUGAGAAGAAAAUCCCAUAUGAAGGUGGAAUGUGUGACCAGGAUGAGAAGAAAAUCCCAUAUGAAGGUGGAAUGUGUGACCAGGAUGAGAAGAAAAUCCCAUAUGAAGGUGGAAUGUGUGACCAGGAUGAGAAGAAAAUCCCAUAUGAAGGUGGAAUGUGUGACCAGGAUGAGAAGAAAAUCCCAUAUGAAGGUGGAAUGUGUGACCAGGAUGAGAAGAAAAUCCCAUAUGAAGGUGGAAUGUGUGACCAGGAUGAGAAGAAAAUCCCAUAUGAAGGUGGAAUGUGUGACCAGGAUGAGAAGAAUAUCCCAUAUGAAGGUGGAAUGUGUGACCAGGAUGAGAAGAAAAUCCCAUAUGAAGGUGGAAUGUGUGACCAGGAUGAGAAGAAAAUCCCAUAUGAAGGUGGAAUGUGUGACCAGGAUGAGAAGAAAAUCCCAUAUGAAGGUGGAAUGUGUGACCAGGAUGAGAAGAAAAUCCCAUAUGAAGGUGGAAUGUGUGACCAGGAUGAGAAGAAAAUCCCAUAUGAAGGUGGAAUGUGUGACCAGGAUGAGAAGAAAAUCCCAUAUGAAGGUGGAAUGUGUGACCAGGAUGAGAAGAAAAUCCCAUAUGAAGGUGGAAUGUGUGACCAGGAUGAGAAGAAAAUCCCAUAUGAAGGUGGAAUGUGUGACCAGGAUGAGAAGAAAAUCCCAUAUGAAGGUGGAAUGUGUGACCAGGAUGAGAAGAAAAUCCCAUAUGAAGGUGGAAUGUGUGACCAGGAUGAGAAGAAAAUCCCAUAUGAAGGUGGAAUGUGUGACCAGGAUGAGAAGAAUAUCCCAUAUGAAGGUGGAAUGUGUGACCAGGAUGAGAAGAAAAUCCCAUAUGAAGGUGGAAUGUGUGACCAGGAUGAGAAGAAAAUCCCAUAUGAAGGUGGAAUGUGUGACCAGGAUGAGAAGAAAAUCCCAUAUGAAGGUGGAAUGUGUGACCAGGAUGAGAAGAAAAUCCCAUAUGAAGGUGGAAUGUGUGACCAGGAUGAGAAGAAAAUCCCAUAUGAAGGUGGAAUGUGUGACCAGGAUGAGAAGAAAAUCCCAUAUGAAGGUGGAAUGUGUGACCAGGAUGAGAAGAAAAUCCCAUAUGAAGGUGGAAUGUGUGACCAGGAUGAGAAGAAAAUCCCAUAUGAAGGUGGAAUGUGUGACCAGGAUGAGAAGAAAAUCCCAUAUGAAGGUGGAAUGUGUGACCAGGAUGAGAAGAAAAUCCCAUAUGAAGGUGGAAUGUGUGACCAGGAUGAGAAGAAAAUCCCAUAUGAAGGUGGAAUGUGUGACCAGGAUGAGAAGAAAAUCCCAUAUGAAGGUGGAAUGUGUGACCAGGAUGAGAAGAAAAUCCCAUAUGAAGGUGGAAUGUGUGACCAGGAUGAGAAGAAAAUCCCAUAUGAAGGUGGAAUGUGUGACCAGGAUGAGAAGAAAAUCCCAUAUGAAGGUGGAAUGUGUGACCAGGAUGAGAAGAAAAUCCCAUAUGAAGGUGGAAUGUGUGACCAGGAUGAGAAGAAAAUCCCAUAUGAAGGUGGAAUGUGUGACCAGGAUGAGAAGAAUAUCCCAUAUGAAGGUGGAAUGUGUGACCAGGAUGAGAAGAAAAUCCCAUAUGAAGGUGGAAUGUGUGACCAGGAUGAGAAGAAAAUCCCAUAUGAAGGUGGAAUGUGUGACCAGGAUGAGAAGAAAAUCCCAUAUGAAGGUGGAAUGUGUGACCAGGAUGAGAAGAAUAUCCCAUAUGAAGGUGGAAUGUGUGACCAGGAUGAGAAGAAUAUCCCAUAUGAAGGUGGAAUGUGUGACCAGGAUGAGAAGAAUAUCCCAUAUGAAGGUGGAAUGUGUGACCAGGAUGAGAAGAAUAUCCCAUAUGAAGGUGGAAUGUGUGACCAGGAUGAGAAGAAUAUCCCAUAUGAAGGUGGAAUGUGUGACCAGGAUGAGAAGAAUAUCCCAUAUGAAGGUGGAAUGUGUGACCAGGAUGAGAAGAAUAUCCCAUAUGAAGGUGGAAUGUGUGACCAGGAUGAGAAGAAAAUCCCAUAUGAAGGUGGAAUGUGUGACCAGGAUAAGAAGAAAAUCCCAUAUGAAGUUGUUGUGCUCUUUUAAAAUAAAUCAACUAUUCACAUUUGCAUUAAAUAAAUAUAAUGCCUGUGAGGACUUGUCAAGAAAGGUGGUGGACAGAUUGAUGACAGAU